AUGGUGGUGCCAUUGCGGGGGAGCAAAAGGGUAGUCAAAUCUUUAUGUGAAACUGCUCUAAUGUUUUGCAGGAUAAAUGUGAGUUUUGCUUUGCAAUCUCGAAAUGGGUAUAGGUCAUGUGCAUUGACGGUGCGGGAAGAUACGGUGACGUUGACAAAACGAAUAUCAGAAUACUCGAUUAAAGGAGAAGUUGACGAGGCAACAAAAGUUUUUGAUCAAAUGGAAUGCAAAGACAGUGUUUGCUGGAAUGUGAUGAUAAAAGGUUACGUCGAGAACAAUAUGAUUAGCAAUGCAAGGAGCCUGUUCGAUGAAAUGCCCGACAGGAAUUCUUUUUCUUGGAAUACCAUGAUUAUGGCAUAUGCCAAAGAAAGAAAAGCUCACAUUGCGCUGAAACUUUUUAUAGUGAUGCCAUGUAAAGACGUUGUCAGUUGGACGGCGAUAAUUACAGCACUUUGCGAAGUUUCUUUGGUAGAAGAUGCGUGGCACUUGUUUCGACAGAUGCCUAAACCUAACUCAAUUUCAUGGUCGUCUGUUAUAUCAGGCUUUCAGCAAAAUGGCUUGUCUGCUGAGAGCUUAAAUGUUUUCAGAGAGAUGUUGGUGCAAGGUGUUGAACCAACUUCUCAUUCAUUUACUAGUGCUUUGGCUGCUUCUGCUGAUCUAGCAAUGCUUUCAGUGAGUGAGCAAGUCUACUCUCAACUCCUUAAAAGAGGUUUUGAAAGCAAUGUUCACAUAGGAAAUUCAUCUAUAUCUAUGUUCAUAAAAUCGGGAAGUUUCAGCAAUGCAAUGUGUGUUUUCUUGGGUAUACAGUGGCCUAAUACUGUUACAUGGAACUCUAUGAUCAUGGGUUUUGGGCAGCAUGGUUAUGGUAUAGAGGCAAUUCUGUUUUUCCAUCAGAUGCAAAAGGCUCAUUUUUUACCAGACAGAAUCAGCUUCCUGGGAGUUUUAUAUGGUUGCACCCACUGCAGGUUCAUAGAAGAAGGAAAGCAAUAUUUUCGAAGUAUGGAAGUGGAUUAUGGGAUUUUACCAGGGCCAGAACACCAUGCCAGCAUGGUGGACCUAUUUUCUCGUGCUGGAUUGCUUAAGGAAGCAUAUGACACCAUAACGCGAAUGCCCUAUGUGCCAACACCUGUCUUUUGGAAGACAUUGUUGAAUGGAUGUAGGAUUUGGGGCAACUUGGAAUUAGCCAUAUAUGCUUCUGAUCGGCUUUUGGAACUUGAACCUUAUAAUUCAACUGCAUGGUUAAUGGUUAUUAAAAUUUAUGCCUCAGCUGGGAGAUGGAAGGAGGUAAUGGAAAUGAGGAGACAAAUGUCAGAAAGAGAGGCAAGAAAGGAGUUGGGUUGUAGUUGGAUUGAAAUAAAGGGAAAGAACCAUAUUUUUACUGCAAAAGAUGGAACCCAUUCAGAAGUAGACCGAAUUUACCCAAUUCUUCAGUUAUUGUCUUAUGAUAUUGCCAAAUAUGUCAGUAUUUGA